GUGAAGAUGUCCAGCAGUGACCCUGAGCGUCCCCAGUUCCUCUUUGUGAAGGUGCUGGCGAGCCGGGGGCGGCUGGAGGCAGUGACCCAGCAGAUGGGCUACCACCCGCAGUACCUUGACAGCUUCCUGAAGAUGCAGCACUACCUGAUGCACAUGGACGGCCCGCUGCCCUUCGACUGCCGGCACUACAUCGCCAUCAUGGCAGCUGCCCGGCACCAGUGCCGGUACCUGGUGAACCUGCAUGUGCUGCAGUUCCUGCGGGCAGGAGGUGAUCCCCAGUGGCUGCGCGGCCUCGACUUCAUCCCCCAGAAACUCCGCAACCUCAAUGAGAUCAACAAGAUCCUGGCACACCGGCCAUGGCUCAUCACCAAGGAGCACAUUGAGGUAUUGGGGGAGGCUGUCAGCCAGGGACCAGGGCAGCGUUGGGGACGGCAGCAUCCCGAGGGGGGGCUGGCACCCUGCCCACUUGCCCACCCAUCACUGGUCUGUCCGUGUCCUGCAGAAGCUGGGCCGGGGGGCCGAGGCUCGCUGAAGCCCUUGUCCCCCGGGAACCAGUGCUUCUGCGAAGCUACUGCUGGCAACGGCUGCAGCCAGGAGCUGCUGCGCAUCAACCGCAAGCGGUCCCUGGACUCCUGCAUGGAGCUGGAUUCCCUCCGGGAACGCAUGCAGCGGAUCCAUGUGGAGACCGAGGGCAGGGAGGAGACUUCCUCGGUCCUGCUGCAGCAGGACCGAGAGGAAGGGCUCUCCCCUCUCACAGAUACCUACGGGGAAGUCACUGGUGCCACCAACCUUGCAUGCUACAUGCAGGACCCUGACUUUGGAUACCAGGACUUUGCCCGGCGUGAUGAGGAUCAGACGCAGGUAUUCAGAAUCCAGGAUUACUCCUGGGAAGACCACGGCUUCUCUCUGGUCAACCGGCUCUACUCUGACAUUGGGCAUCUCCUGGAUGAGAAGUUUCGGAUGGUGGAUGGUCUGCAAAGCAGUGCCAUGGCCAAGCGUCAGGGCUGUGAACCCUCCGUCUUCAAGCGAGGCAUCUGGAACUACAUCCACUGCAUGUUUGGUAUUAGGUAUGAUGACUACGACUACGCAGAAGUGAAUCAGCUUCUGGAGCGAAUGCUCAAAGUUUACAUUAAAACUGUAACCUGCUACCCAGAGAAGACAAACUCGGAAAUGUUUGACAGGUUCUGGAAGCAGUUCAAGCACAGUGAAAAGGUCCAUGUGAACCUGCUCAUCCUGGAAGCCCGAAUGCAGGCAGAGCUGCUGUAUGCAUUGCAGGCCAUCACCCAGUACAUGAUCUCCUAGAUGGUGGGGAGCUGCGCUGCGGCAGGGCCGGGCAGCAUCCUCUCUCCCUGGACUCAUGUGUGACCCAUCAUGCUGGGACAGACGGCGAGGAGGGAUUUCUCAAUUCAGUUUACUUGACUGUCUUGUUCCUUUUUUUUUUCUUUUCCCUUACGGGGCUGUCUGAGCGGCCCCGUUACGUGCAAUUACCAAACUGUGAGGCAA